CAUUUUACUUUCUUCCUUAAUUUCCCCCCGAUGGAUAACCAGUACAAGCCCCAAACGAGGAGAAGCUUGAAGAGGAAAUUGGAGCAAGAAUUUGAAGAAGAUAAGUCAGAUCGAUGCAAGGCGGCCGUCGUCGAGUCCUGUCGUACUCAUCAAGAUAUCCUCCGCGACGUCCGACUUCACGUCGAUGUUCUUAACUACUGCACCUCCUUUUCAGAAGCUGAUCGUGCUGGCGCCAAACAUUCCGCUCAAUUACUUUCUGAAUUCGCAAAGAACGAGGAUCUGGUGGAUUUGAUCGUGGAGUGCGGCGCUGUCCCUGCACUGGUAAAGCAUAUUCAGUCGCCAACGCUGUUGACAGAUUCCGAUCAGAAACCAUUGGACUAUGAAGUAGAGAAAGCAAGUGCGUUCGCGCUUGGGCUUCUCGCGGUCAAGCCAGAGCAUCAACAACUCGUUGUUGACGCCGGGACACUGCCAUAUCUCGUGAACUUGUUAAAAAUACGUCAGAAUGAUAGUGAUUCUCGCGGAGUGAAUGGUGUUUUAAGAAAAACUGCCGAUGCUAUAACAAAUCUUGCUCAUGAAAACUCCGCCAUUAAAACCCGCAUCAGAACUGAGGGUGGAAUCCCACCACUUGUCGAGUUGCUCGAGUAUCGUGAGGUGAAGGUGCAGAGGGCAGCUGCUGGGGCCUUAAGGACGCUAGCAUUUAAGAACGAUGAGAACAAAAAGGAGAUCGUUGAAUGCAAUGCUCUACCCUCCCUUGUAUUAAUGCUUUCCUCUGAGGAUGUUACCAUACAUUAUGAAGCGGUUGGCGUGAUUGGGAACCUUGUCCAUUCUUCUCCAAACAUAAAGAAAGAAGUUCUUCUUGCUGGAGCAUUGCAGCCUGUGAUCGGGUUACUUAGUUCUAGUUGUUUGGAGACCCAGAGGGAAGCGGCUUUACUCAUAGGUCAAUUUGCUGCUGCUGAUUCAGAUUGCAAGGUACACAUUGUCCAAAGAGGCGCUGUUCCCCCUUUAAUAGAAAUGCUUACAUCUUCAGAUGUGCAACUCAAGGAAAUGUCUGCAUUUGCACUUGGACGGUUGGCCCAGGACACACACAAUCAAGCUGGAAUUGUACAAGAUGGUGGAAUCACGCUACUACUAAAUCUUCUUGACUCAAAAAGUGGACCAUUGCAACAUAAUUCUGCAUUUUCCCUAUAUGGCCUUGCUGAUAAUGAGGAUAAUGUUGUAGAUCUUAUCAGGACUGGAGUUGUUCAGAAACUCUUGGAAGGAGAGUUCAUUUUUCAGCCAACUAAAGAUUGUGUAGCAAAGACAAUGAAGAGAUUGGAGGAAAAAAUUCAUGGACGAACAUUGAAUCAUCUGUUGUACCUUAUGCGGACUGCAGCCAAGGCUGUUCAAAAUCAAGUCGCUCUGGCUCUUGCUCAUCUUUGUUCUCCAAAUGAUCGGAAACCUAUUUUUGUUGACAACAAUGGACUGGAGCUGCUUCUGGGCCUUCUUGAGUCUAAGAGUUUCAAGCAGCAACAAGCUGGUUCAGAGGCCAUGUAUAAGUUGGCAACAAAGGGUACUUCACUCUCAUCUGUGGAUGCUGCCCCACUAUCACCAACCCCUCAGGUGUAUUUGGGUGAGCAGUAUGUAAAUAAUCCUACACUUUCUGAUGUUACAUUUUUGGUUGAAGGUAAAAGAUUCUAUGCUCACAGAAUCUGUCUUCUUGCUUCUUCGGAUGCAUUUCGUGCCAUGUUUGAUGGUGGUUACCGGGAGAGGGAAGCCAAAGAUGUUGAGAUUCCAAAUAUCAGAUGGGAUGUUUUUGUCCUAAUGAUGAGGUAUAUAUACACAGGAUCAGUGACCGUUGAAAUCGAUCUUGCUCAAGAACUUCUUAGAGCUGCCGAUCAGUAUCUUCUUGAUGAUCUUAAGCGCCUUUGCGAAUACACCAUUGCUCAGGAUAUUUCUGAGGAGAAUGUUUCUCUGAUGUAUGAACUAGCCGAGGCCUUCAAUGCUACCACACUACGUGAAGCUUGCCUACUCUUCAUGUUAGAGCAAUUUGAAAGAAUAAGUGCCAAACCUUGGCGUAACCGUUUGAUUCAUCACAUCAUUCCAGAUUUACGGGAUUUCUUCAUAAGUUCACUUGCAAAAUGUCAUGACCCUAUGAGGGAGCACAUGUGAACUUUUAACUGAUACCUCGCUGUUGAUUAGGUUACACCAUUAAUUUGUGAGGUCUUUUCUUGUGGAUAAAACUAGUAGACUCGGUGUUAUGUGUUUGUA